AAUUUCUUUUAUUAUAGAUUAUAUUGCCGUUUGCAAUGGCGGCUCUGGUUUCUGCCAAGACUGAAUACGGGGGGAGCCAAGUAGGAUACGGAGGAAGCGCAGGACUUGCAGGAUACGCAGGAAGUAAUGGUGGAGGAUAUGGAGGCAAUGGUGGAGGAUACACAGGAGGUAAUGGUGGAGGAUAUACAGGAAGCGCAGGAUUUGGAGGGAAUGGAGGCUACAGGGCAGGAACAGGAUAUGGAGGAAAUGUUGGAGGAUUUGGAGGGAAUGCAGUAGGAUACGGAGGAACUGGCGGAGGAUACAGAGGAAGUGUAGGAGGAUACGGAGGCAGUGACAGUGGCUACGGCGGUACUGGAAGGGCAUACGGAGGUGAUGGAAGCAGGUACAAUGGCGGUGCAAGAGGCUACGAUAGAGAAUGGAGGUUAUGGACCCCAGGAUUCUUUACGGACGAUUCCUUCGAAUCUGGGGAGGACUACGACAUCUUCGACCUCUACGAUUGAAAAAAUGAGAGCUAUGUCACCGCCGGUUUAAACGAAAGUACAGCCAACCGUUAACAGAUGAUUCCUGAUCAUUUGGUCAUUCAAAUCAACAAUUUUUUUUGUACUCAGCAUUUUAGAUAAGAAUGAUUUACAGAUUAGUUUCGUAUUGAAUGAAUUAUGCUGAACACUGGAUUGACAAAAUAAAAUAUUUUGAU